AGGCGCCCCAGGUCAGUCUCAGUGGAGUCAACGUUCAGUCUGGUUUUGUGGAUAAAGCCAAAGGAACCCCAUACUACAACAUAUCAAGAUGAAUAGCUUGCAAGGAUCAGUGGUCCUCCUCCUGCUCGCUGGAGCCUUCCUGCAGAGCCAGGCGGGUCUCUUCGAUUGCGAGGACAAGAUACCGGGACUUGGCGAUGUCACCGACAAGAUAUCCGAGAUAACGGGCAGCAGCAGCAGUUCGGAGCACGAGGUUCGCGACUUCUUCAAGAACGUGGGCUGUCACAUCAAGGAGGGAGCCAAGAAGUUGGGUGAGAAGGCCAAGGAUCUAGGCACGGAGAUCAAGGAGGGUGCCCAGAAGCUGGGCGAGAAGGCCAAGGAUCUGGGUAGCGGUCUCAAGGACCGUUUCGAUGACUUCCGCGACAAGCUGGCCAAGGACUCCGCCGAGGAGAUGAGCAAGGAUCGCGGCUUUCUGGCCAAUGUGGAGAUCAUCAAUCCGGACAUUCUCAAGGGCGAGCAGCAGUGCGGCCAUGGCCACAUCCUGGAUGCCUUGGGCAACUGCAGCAAGUUGAGGAAGUAGUGGGUUCUUCCCGUAAAUUCUUAAGUUUUUUUAUUGAUUUUUUUUUUGUGUGUAAAUAAAAAAUAGAAAGUGAAAAUA